CCGGAUGAAGAGUGCGGUGCACCGGGUCUCUUCGCGCCGGUGGUGUUGUUGUCUGCUGAUUUUAACUCUUUAAAUAGUGAACCGUCAGCUAUAAAAUGGACGAAGAGCCUGAGAGAGCAAAACGCUGGGAAGGAGGCUACGAGAGGACAUGGGAGGUACUGAAGGAGGACGAGUCCGGCUCCCUGAAAGCCACAGUGGAGGAGAUCCUGUACCAGUCCAAGAGGAAAAGAGUGAUCGAGAGUCAUGGACAAGUCAGGCUGGGGAUGAUGCGCCACCUCUACGUGGUGAUCGACUGUUCUCGCACCAUGGAGGACCAGGACCUGAAACCGAACCGCCUCACCUCCACGCUGAAGCUCAUGGAGGCGUUUGUCGACGAGUACUUCGAUCAGAAUCCCAUCAGUCAGGUUGGCAUCAUCACCACAAAAAACAAAAGGGCGGAGAAGCUGACGGACCUGGCAGGAAACCCGAAGAAGCACAUCGCCGCUCUGAAGAAAGCCGUGGACAUGGCGUGCGUCGGGGAGCCGUCUCUCUACAACUCCCUCAACCUGGCAGUGCAGACCCUGAAGCACAUGCCCGGACACACGAGUCGGGAGAUCCUGAUCAUCCUCAGCAGCCUCACCACGUGCGACCCGGCCAACAUCUACGACCUGAUCAAGACCCUGAAGUCCCUGAAGGUGCGGGUGUCGGUGAUCGGGCUGUCGGCGGAGGUGCGGGUGUGCACGAUGCUGACGAGGGAGACGGGCGGGUCGUACCACGUCAUCCUGGACGAGAGCCACUUCAGGGAGCUGCUGAUGCUGCACGUCAAGCCGCCUCCGGCCAGCUCCUCGUCCGAGUGCUCCCUGAUACGUAUGGGUUUCCCUCAACACACCAUUGCCUCGCUAAGUGACCAGAACGCCAAACCUUCCUUCAGCAUGUCCCACCUGGACAGCAGCGGGGGUCCCGGUCUGUCUCUGGGGGGAUUCUUCUGUCCUCAGUGCCACUCCAAGUACACGGAGCUCCCGGUGGAGUGUAAAGUUUGCGGUCUGACCCUGGUGUCGGCCCCCCACCUGGCCCGUUCCUUCCACCACCUCUUCCCCCUGGAGGCGUUCACAGAGACGCCUGUGGAGGAGCCGCAGGGAGACAGGCUCUGUGGGGGCUGUCAGGGAGAGCUGGACAAAAGUGUCUUCACCUGCCCGUCGUGCCGCAGUGUUUUCUGCAUGGAGUGCGACCUCUUCAUCCACGACUCGCUGCACUGCUGCCCGUGCUGCAUCCACAGCCAGAGCGCCCCCUGAAGCCCCCUGCGGAGGUCAAAGGUCAAUCAGAUGGAGCAGAGAUGGAGGGAGCUCUGCGGCCUGUCAUCAAUUCUACCCCUCGAUUUGCUUUGUUUAACCUUUUGUAUUUAUAGUUCAGAUUGUGACGUGAGCGUUACAAUAAAAGAUGUUUCUACUGCAUGUGCCACAGUUUCUACUUUUUUCAUUGUUUAUUAAAGGCGAUGUUCAGAAAACAACUGAGGCCUCAUUUACACG